CCUUUCGCCUUUUUUCAUUACUUCUUCUUGAAAAGAGAACGUAUACGGCACAGUAACCCACACACAAAAAAGAGGAAGAGAGCGCUUGUAUAUAUUGUAUUUUGUCUACUUGCUUUCUGCUCUGUCUCUUUCUCUCGUUGUACUAUUUAUAAAAAAAUUUUACCCCACACUUCCAUAAGCUCAUUUCAAUCUCGGUUGAGCUAAAUACCCUCUCUACCCAUCCCCCCAACACAGGAAAAUGCUUGAGGACGAGACAGCACUCGCUCCUGUAGCUGCCAUUGGUAGUACUCCUGGUGCCCCAUCCGAAACGACUGGUGGCGGCGCCGCCGCCACUGCUGCUACCACCCUGUUGACAAUUGACCCAAAAAUGCUGCAAGAUUACCUCGAGCAGUUACUGCCAUUAGUUUUAGGCGCUGAACUAUCCGAUCUCGAAAAUACCAUCUUUGCGUAUCCAGACACGUAUGAAAAGUUCAAGCGAUUUGCAAGUGAUGCCCAAAGCCCGGUCCUUUAUAUCUUAAAAGAAAGGGAAGGUGGCAAAGAUGAAGACGAGGCUGGACCAGCAACAUACACGUAUUCGCUGUCGCAAGAAAUCACUUACUUGCCUACUCACGUGGGCUCGUUGGCUAUUAUCAAGCGUGCUGCAACUCUGGAUCCUUCCCGCCCACUGCAAUCUCAGCUGCAGUUUAUUAAUUUGCCUGGUGCACCCAAUGCUGGCGAGCCGGGCCAGACCAGUGCUUACGAGUUUUUGCACUCGUACAUCCAUUUGGCAGUCAGCCCUUACUUUAAUGCCUACGUCAAUGCUCGUCAUGGCACCGUGGCAGAGUCAGGUGGAAAGAGCAAGAACGAAGAUAACAAGAUGGGUGUCCCCAUGGCCAAGAAAAAGAUGGCCGAACUGGAACUCAGUUUGCUGCACUUGCAACAAAAUGUCGAAAUCCCUGAUAUUUCCCUCAAUAUCCACCCUGUUGUUCAAAAGGCUGUUGACAAGUGCCGAGAACAAGGUCGUCGUGUUACGGUGGAGGCCAUUGAUUCCAAUCAUUUCUCGGACUCGUCGUUCUUAAACAAGCUUCAGGGCGACGUCAACGGAUGGAUCAAGGAGAUCCAAAAGGUAACCAAGAUGUCACGUGACCCUGCAAGUGGCACGGCCAUCCAAGAAAUCAAUUUUUGGUUGAGCAUGGAGCGAGCUCUUGAAAAGAUUGAUGAACAGCUCAAAAGCGACCAGAUUACCUUGACCUUGGAUAUCUUGAAGCACGCAAAGCGUUUCCAUGCAACUGUCAGUUUCAUUGCCGAUACGGGUCUCAAGGAGGGCAUGGAGCUUGUUCACAAGUACAACCAGUUGAUGAAGGACUUCCCGCUCAACGAGCUUCUUUCCGCCACUGAUGUUGACAAGAUCCGCGAAUCGCUUGGUCCUAUUCGCCGUGCAUUGCCAUUGGUCGAAGCCAUUUCACGCGAUCUAAACGACCAGUUGCUCAAAGUAUUGGGCAGUCGUCGAUUGAUGUACAUGGAAUACGAAGAUUUUGAACGAACAACGGCUGGCGCGGAAGCAGUAUUCCAGACCUGGGAUGAUUUGAUCAAGGAGUUCACCAACGUGGCUCGUGAUGUCACUCGUAAGCGAUCUGAGAAAUUCUUGCCCAUCAAGAUCAAUCCUGCGCACGCCAAGUUGCAAGAACGUGUGACAUUUGUCCGUGCGUUUAGAAAGCAACAUGAGCAGUUGCAUCAAACCAUUGUCAGGGUCAUGACAAGUCCCCGUGCCAAGAAACAGACGGUUGUUGUUGAUGGUCAGGUCAACAAAGUCAUGGAGGAGGAAGAGAGUAUCAGCAUUAGCGAUAUCAAUGCUGUGGAAGAAGUCAAGUUGGCUUAUGAGAGCGUCAAGAACAUUGAUGUGCUCGAUGUAACUCCUGAGGGCACGGAGAUCUGGGUUCAAGCUGAAACGGCCUACAAUGAGCGUGUCUCCCGUGUCGAGAACCAGAUCAUUGCUCGACUUCGCGAUCGUCUUGGUACUGCAAAGAGCGCUAAUGAAAUGUUCAGAGUCUUUUCUAAGUUCAACGCACUCUUUGUGCGACCCAAGAUUCGAGGUGCCAUUCAAGAAUACCAAACCCAGCUCAUCGACAGUGUCAAGGAAGACAUCAACAAGCUCCACGACAAGUUCAAGAUGCAAUACCGCAACUCGGAAGCUUACUUGAUGGCCCAACUGCGUGAUCUUCCUCCCAUUUCCGGUGCCAUUGUAUGGGCUCGGCAGAUCGACCGUCAGUUAUCCUUAUACAUGAAGCGUGUCGAAGACGUGCUUGGCAAAGGCUGGGAACUCUAUGCCGAAGGUCAGAAGCUACAGAUUGAAAGCAACAGUUUCCGCAAGAAACUGGAUACGCGCCUGAUCUAUGAAAACUGGCUUCAAGAAAUCACGCGUCGAGAUCUGUCCGUUUCGGGUCGUAUCUUUGAAGUGUCACGCAACCGUGUACAGAACUCGCUUCAGCUCGGCGUCAACUUUGAUGGUCAAAUCAUCACCUUGUUCAAGGAAGUCCGUAAUUUGCUCUGGUUGAACUUCCAGGUGCCUCAUACCAUCUCAAAUGUCGCCAAGGAUGCCAAGCGUGUCUAUCCAUUUGCUGUGAGUCUCAUGGAGACCGUCCGCACGUUUUCCCAGACUGUGCACAAGGUGAACCGUAAUCCUGACAUUACCACGUUGGUUGCUGGUUACAGAAAUGAAGUUCAUGUCAUGAUUACCAAGGGUAUCAAUUUGCGCUGGGACUAUUUCGUCAACACUUACGAUGCACAUCAUCGUCCAUUGUCAUAUAUCACUGGCACCCCCUUGGAUGCCAGAGAAAACCGCCAUGUCAUGUUUGUCCGCGAAUUUGCCAAUGUGGUCUCGGUGUUCCAAGACAAGGUCGACGCACUUAUCGGAUACUAUGACGAUAUCAAUAAGAGCAUCGAAGAAAUGAAGGCUUGUCCUUAUCAAGUGGACCGUCUUGAAGACGCCCUCGGCCGUAUUCAAAAACUGAUCGAUCGAUUGAACUUGGAAAACUACUCCAACUUGGACCAAUGGGUUGCUGGUUUGGACAAGCGUAUCGAAACUGUACUUAUCAGUCGAUUGCAACAAGCCAUUAAGGCCUGGACCAAUAGCUUCAAGGGCAUUGACGAAGAAGCAAUUGUGCCUGAAGUCAGCAUCUCCAAGAGCCGUCGCAAGCGUAAGGCUGGCGCACGCGAGAACAGCAUCGCCUUGGUGGAAGAAAAGAUUGCUGCUGCCCAAAAGUCACCUGAAGUCAAACCUGCGUUGCAAACACUGGUCCACGAGGUUCGUAUCCGCAACCAAGUCAUGUACCUUGACCCACCCAUCGAACAAGCCCGUGCCAGCUGGUGGUCACAAUUGCAUGACUGGCUCUCAACCAUCUGCCACUUACCGCGUGUGCAAAGUUCUCGUUAUGAAGGUGGUUUGAGCGUCAAGGACAAUCCAUCUGUCGAAAAGACGUAUGCCAGCCUGUUGACACGCAUGGGCGAUGGCUCGCUCAAGACAGCCUACCAAAUCAUUGAAGACAAGAUCGGCCAAGUCUCAGAAUAUGUCAAUAUCUGGCUUCAAUACCAAUCGCUUUGGGAUUUGGAAUCGAACCAUGUGUUUAAUAUCCUUGGCGACGACUUGUCCAAGUGGCAACAGAUCUUGUUGGAGAUCAAGAAAGCUCGUAGCACUUUCGAUAACUCGGAAACUGACCAGUCGUUUGGUCCUUUGGUCGUGGACUAUGAACAAGUUCAGAGCAAGGUUAAUCAAAAGUACGAUCAAUGGCAGCGUGAGAUCUUGAACAAGUUUGGUAGCAUGCUGGGUACUUCAAUGCGCGAUUUCCACGUCUCUGUCUCAAAGGCCCGUUACGAGUUGGAGCAGCAGUCUAUCGAGAGCAACUCAACGGGUGAGGCCGUAACAUUUAUUACGUUUGUCCAGGACCUCAAACGCAAGGUUGCCAAGUGGAGCCAGGAUGUCGAAUUGUUCCGUCAAGGUCAAAAGACUUUGGAGCGCCAACGUUUCCAGUUCCCCAACGACUGGGUGUACGUUGAUCAAGUAGAUGGCGAGUGGAGCGCCUUUAAUGAAAUCUUGAGCCGCAAGAACAACGCUAUCCAAGAACAAAUUGCUGGUCUGCAAAUGAAGAUUGUUGCUGAGGACAAGGUUGUCGAGCAAAAAAUCCGCGACAUUUGCGCCGAGUGGGAAAAGAGCAAGCCUGUGCAGGGUGAUAUCAAACCUGAUAUUGCCACCAACACGCUGUCCAUCUUUGAGGGCCGUGUCACGCGUCUCAAGGAAGAGUACGACAUGGUCUGCCGUGCCAAGGAAGCUCUUGAUCUUGAGCAGACAUCCGAAGCCCGUCUUGAUCCUGUGCUUGAAGAAUUGCGCGACCUCAAGUCUGUCUGGACCGCACUUGCCAAGGUUUGGCAAUCACUGUACGAAAUUCGCGACACGCCCUGGUCUUCAGUCGUGCCACGCAAGGUUCGACAAAGCGUCGACGAACUGGUCAACUCGACCAAGGAAAUGCCCAACCGUAUGCGUCAAUAUGCUGCAUACGAAUACGUUCAAGAAACACUACGUCAACUUUUGCGCGUCAAUCCUAUUGUAUCCGAUCUUAAAUCCGAAGCAUUACGCGAACGUCACUGGCGUCAAGUCUUCAAGGCGCUCAAGGUGGAAGGUCGUUUCACUCUGUCCGAAAUGACCAUUGGUCACUUGUGGGAUCUUGACUUGAAACGCAACGAACAACUGGUCCGAGAUGUCAUUCUUCAAGCUCAAGGUGAGAUGGCCUUGGAGGAGUUCUUGAAACAGGUCAAGGAAACCUGGGCCAACUAUGUGCUGGAUCUGGUCAACUAUCAAAACAAGUGUCGCUUGAUUCGUGGUUGGGACGAUCUGUUCAACAAGUCGAGUGAGCAUAUCAACUCGUUGACAGCUAUGAAAUUGUCGCCUUACUACAAGGCGUUUGAAGAAGAUGCUGCAUCGUGGGAAGACAAGCUGAACCGAGUCCACGUCUUAUUUGAUGUCUGGAUCGAUGUCCAGCGCCAGUGGGUCUACUUGGAAGGCAUUUUCAGCGGCAGUGUCGACAUUAAGCACUUGUUGCCCGUAGAGACUUCUCGUUUCCAGAGCAUCAACAGCGAAUUCUUGACCGUCAUGAAAAAGGUGUACAAGUCGCCGUUCGUCAUGGAUGUCUUGAAUAUUCCCAACAUUCAAAAGUCGCUAGAACGUCUUGCUGACUUGCUUAGCAAGAUCCAAAAGGCCCUUGGUGAAUACUUGGAGCGUGAGCGUGCCUCGUUCCCUCGUUUCUAUUUUGUUGGUGACGAGGAUCUGCUCGAAAUCAUUGGUAACAGCAAGGAUAUCCUGCGUAUCCAAAAGCAUUUUAAAAAAAUGUUUGCGGGUAUUGCCACAAUCUUGUUGAACGAAGACCAGACAGCCAUCCUAGGCAUGGCGUCCAAAGAAGGCGAAGAGGUCCAGUUCAAGAACGAGGUGUCUAUCAAGGACAAUCCCAAAAUCAACGACUGGCUUACCUUGUUGGAAAAAGAAAUGCGUGUGUCGCUUGCUAUGCUCUUGACCGACGCUGUCACGGAACUCGAAUCUAUUUACAAUGCUGAUGAAAUGAGCUCGGAUGACUUUAUGGCUUGGAUCGAUCGUUAUCCUGCUCAGCUUGUUGUACUUGCUGCUCAAAUCACCUGGACUCAGUCUGUCGACAAGGCGUUAAACACCGUAGCCGAAGCCGGUAAUGGCGACUUGGCACCGCUCCAAAGCUCGAUUGGACUUGUCGAACGCAACCUGAACGUAUUGGCCGAUGCUGUAUUGCUCGAUUUGACAGCUAUCAAGCGUCGCAAGUGCGAACAUUUGGUUACUGAACUUGUGCACCAGCGUGAUGUUACACGUCAGCUGCAUGAAAACCGUAUCACCUCGCCCAAGGACUUUAGCUGGUUGUACCAGAUGCGCUUCUACUUUAACGCUACUGUUGAGAACCCCAUCCAUCGUUUGACGAUCAGCAUGGCCAAUGCUGACUUCUACUAUGGCUACGAAUACCUUGGUGUGGCUGACCGUCUUGUCCAAACACCAUUGACUGAUCGCUGUUACUUGACGUUGACGCAAGCCUUGGAACAAAGACUGGGUGGUUCGCCCUUCGGUCCUGCCGGUACUGGUAAAACAGAAUCUGUCAAGGCCUUGGGUGUGCAAUUGGGCCGCUUCGUACUCGUUUUUUGCUGUGACGAAACGUUCGAUUUCCAAGCUAUGGGUCGUAUCUUCAUUGGUCUUUGCCAAGUUGGUGCAUGGGGCUGUUUCGACGAGUUCAAUCGGUUGGAAGAACGUAUCCUGUCUGCGGUCUCGCAACAGGUGCAAACCAUCCAGCUGGGUCUCAAGGAUGCCACCGUCAACCCGAACCACGAGAUCGAAUUGGUGGGUCGCAAUGUCAAGGUCAACACCGACACGGGUAUCUUUAUCACCAUGAACCCAGGCUAUGCUGGCCGUUCCAACUUGCCGGACAAUUUGAAAAAGCUGUUCAGAAGCAUGGCCAUGACAAAGCCCGACCGCGAGUUGAUUGCUCAGGUCAUGUUGUAUUCUCAAGGUUUCCGUACCGCCGAAACAUUGGCUUCCAAAGUCGUGCCUUUGUUCAACCUGUGUGCUGAACAGUUGUCGCCUCAGUCCCAUUACGACUUUGGAUUGCGUGCUUUGAAGAGUGUCUUGGUCUCGGCUGGUAAUCUCAAGCGUGACAAGCUGACUUCUUUGCGCAAGGCUAUUGAAGAAGGCACUGAGGACAAGUCCGAGUAUGCUAGCAUCUCUGAAACUGAGCCUGAGCAGCAGCUCUUGAUUUCCAGUAUCCGUGAAACCGUGGUGCCCAAGCUUGUGGCCGAUGAUAUCCCACUCUUGACCAGCUUGUUGGCCGAUGUGUUCCCUGGUGUACACUAUGCACCGGUCGAUUUGGACCGUUUAAAGCAGGAGCUCAAGAAGGUUUGCGAAGAGCGUCGUCUGGUGCCUGGCGACGCCUGGAUGGAAAAGGUGAUUCAGCUGUACCAAAUCCAAAACAUCCACCAUGGUCUGAUGAUGGUGGGUCCCUCCGGUUCCGGCAAGAGCACAGCCUGGAAAUGCUUGUUGACUGCCCUUGAGCGUGUGGAAGGUGUUGAAGGAAUUGCCUAUACGAUUGAUCCCAAAGCCAUCCCCAAGGAUGCCUUGUACGGCACUUUGGAUGCCACGACGCGUGAGUGGACCGAUGGUUUGUUCACCCACAUUCUGCGUAAGAUUGUCGACAAUGUGCGUGGUGAAAGCCAGAAGCGACACUGGAUUAUCUUUGAUGGUGACGUCGAUCCUGAAUGGGUUGAAAACUUGAACUCGGUGUUGGACGAUAACCGAUUGCUGACGCUGCCCAACGGUGAACGUCUCAACCUGCCGCCCAACGUCCGUAUCAUGUUUGAAGUCGAAACGCUCAAGUAUGCCACCUUGGCCACCGUCUCGCGCUGUGGUAUGGUCUGGUUCAGUGAAGACGUCAUUGCGCUAUCCAUGAUCUUCAGUAACUACCUGGAGACCUUGCGCAACGUGCCCAUGGAUGAAAUUGAGGAAGAAGGUCCUGCUUCGCGUCGUCUUGGUGAUAAUGAAAAUGAGCUCGCAUCCAUUUCGCCCAACUUGGCUACACAGCGUGCAAUCGCUGCUAUCAUGGAACCAGAUCUCUCCGAUGAGUCGGGUCUUGUGGCCAAGUCAUUGACUUAUGCUGCCACUCUGGAGCAUAUCAUGGACUUUACUCGGAUGCGUGUCUUGUCGACCUUCUUUUCACUGCUCAACAAGACGGUCCGCAACGUGUUGGAAUACAAUGCUCAGCACCCCGAUUUCCCUAUGAACGGCGAUCAUUUGGAAGGCUAUAUCACCAAGCGUAUCAUUUACUCGAUCAUUUGGAGUUUCUCUGGCGAUGCCAAGUUGGACUUGCGUACGGUCCUUGGCGACUUCAUUCGUGGCGCUGCAACAUACGAGCUGCCACCUCUCGGUAACGACACAAGCAUCAUUGACUAUGAUAUUGCCGUCAACAGCGGUCAAUGGGUGCCGUGGGAGUCCAAGGUCCCCACUGUGGAGAUUGAGACCCACAAGGUAUCCGAUGCCGACAUGAUCAUUCCUACCGUUGACACGAUCCGUCACGAAGAAGUGCUUUACUCUUGGUUGUCUGAGCACAAGCCUUUGAUUUUGUGCGGUCCUCCUGGUUCCGGUAAAACAAUGACCUUGUUCAGCGCACUGCGCAAGUUGCCCGACAUGGAAGUCGUCGGUCUCAAUUUCUCUAGUGCUACUACCCCUGAAUUGAUUUUGAAGACAUUCGAGCAACACUGCGAGUACCGCAAGACCCCCAACGGUGUCAUUCUGUCGCCUACCAUGAUUGGCCGCUGGCUGGUUGUUUUCUGUGAUGAAAUCAACUUGCCUGCUACUGACAAGUACAACACCCAGCGUGUCAUUUCGUUCUUGCGUCAAUUGGUCGAAUACAACGGUUUCUGGCGUACCAGCGACAAAGCUUGGGUCACACUUGAACGCAUCCAGUUUGUCGGUGCCUGUAACCCACCUACGGAUCCUGGUCGUGUUCCUCUUUCGCAUCGUUUCUUGCGCCAUGCUCCUUUGGUGAUGGUUGACUAUGCUGGCCAGACCUCAUUGAUACAGAUCUAUGGUACAUUCACGCGCGCUAUGCUCAAGGUCGUGCCUAACCUGCGUGGUUAUGCCGAGCCGCUCACAGCUGCCAUGGUCGAGCUUUACUUGGCAUCUCAGCGCCGCUUCACGCCCGAUAUCCAAGCUCAUUACAUUUACUCGCCUCGCGAAUUGACCCGUUGGAUCCGUGGUAUCUAUGAGGCCAUCAAGCCGCUCGAGACACUGACGGUGGAAGGUCUGGUCCGUAUCUGGGCGCACGAAGCUUUGCGUCUAUUCCAAGAUCGUCUCGUGGAUGAGGAAGAACGCCAGUGGACCGACGACAUGAUUGACUCAAUUUCCAUGAAGCAUUUCCCUGCGUUGAACAAGGAAGAGGCCUUGGAGCGACCUAUCCUGUUCUCCAACUGGUUGUCCAAGUACUACGUACCUGUAGGGCGUGAACAAUUGCGUGAUUAUGCUAAGGCUCGUCUCAAGGUCUUUUACGAAGAAGAAUUGGACGUCGCAUUGGUUCUGUUCAACGAUGUCUUGGAACACGUCUUGCGUAUCGAUCGUGUGUUCCGUCAACCACAAGGUCACUUGUUGUUGAUUGGUGUCAGUGGCUCUGGUAAGACGACCUUGUCUCGCUUCGUUGCUUGGAUGAACGGCUUGAGUGUGUUCCAGAUCAAGGUGCACAACAAGUACACCGGUGCCGAUUUCGACGACGAUUUGCGUAGUGUUUUGCGACGUGCUGGUUGUAAAGGCGAAAAGAUUUGCUUUAUCAUGGAUGAAUCGAACGUGCUCGACUCUGGUUUCUUGGAACGUAUGAACACACUGUUGGCCAACGCUGAAGUGCCCGGUCUUUUCGAAGGCGACGAGUAUGCAUCACUCAUGACGGCCUGUAAGGAAGGUGCUCAGCGUGAAGGUUUGAUGCUUGACUCGGGCGAAGAAUUGUACAAGUGGUUCACGCAACAAGUGAUGCGCAACUUGCAUGUGGUGUUUACAAUGAAUCCACCCGAAGGUGGUCUUGCCUCGCGUGCUGCUACAUCGCCCGCCUUGUUCAAUCGUUGUGUUUUGGACUGGUUUGGCGACUGGCCCGACCAGGCCUUCUAUCAAGUUGGUAUGGAGUUUACCAAUACGUUGGAUUUGGAUGUACCCACGUUUGCGCCACCACUCAACUUGCCCAUCGCAUACCGCAACUUGCCUAUCCCACCUACGCAUCGCGAGACCGUGGUCAAUGCCUUAGUAUUUGUCCAUCAAUCGCUGUAUGAAAUCAAUGCCAAGUUGAGCAAGCGCCAGGGUCGUUACAACUACUGCACGCCUCGUCAUUUCUUGGACUUUAUUUCGCACUAUGUGCGUUUGUAUAACGAAAAGCGUGAAGAUUUGGAGGAGCAGCAGCGUCAUUUGAACGUUGGCCUUGAGAAGCUCAAGGAUACUGUCGUCAAGGUCGAAGAAUUGCGCAAGAGUUUGGCCAUCAAGAAGAACCAGCUCGAGGUCAAGAACCGACAGGCCGAGGACAAGAUUAAGCAGAUGUUGGCAGAUGAAAAGGAGGCCGAGCAAAAGAAAGCGGCGUCUAUUCAGAUUCAAGAUGCAUUGGAAAUCCAAAACAAGGAAAUACAAGAACGACGUGCUAUCGUAUUGGAUGAUCUUGCCAAUGCUGAACCUGCCGUGAUGGAAGCUCAGAAGAGUGUCAGCAACAUUAAGCGUCAGCACUUGACCGAAGUCCGUGCCAUGGGUAAUCCACCCGAAGCCGUCAAGCUUGCCAUGGAGUCUGUCUGCACCAUGUUGGGCCACAAGAUUGAAAGCUGGAAGACUGUGCAAAGCAUCAUUCGUCGUGACGACUUCAUCACGAGCAUCGUCAACUACAACACGGAGACACAGAUGAACCAGCGUCUGCGCGAUUUUAUGCGUCGCAACUACAUGAACAACCCUGCCUUUGAGUACGAGGCUGUCAACCGUGCUUCCAAGGCCUGUGGUCCUCUUGUUAAGUGGGUCACUGCUCAGGUGCAAUACUCUGACAUCCUCGACCGUGUUGGUCCCCUCCGUGAGGAAGUCACUCGUCUCGAACAGAGCGCCGAAGACACCAAGCUGAAGGCUGCCGAGAUUGAGCAAAUGAUUGUUGAUCUGGAAAACAGUAUCGGUCGCUACAAGGAAGAAUAUGCUGCACUGGUUGGUGAGACACAAUUGAUCAAGGCUGAGAUGGAUCGUGUCAAGAGUAAGGUUGACCGCAGUGUGACCCUGUUGAGCAGCUUGUCGUCCGAAAAGGUGCGUUGGGAGACCGCCAGCCAGGCUUUCGAGAGCCAAAUGGGCACCAUUGUCGGUGAUGUCUUGUUAUCGGCUGCAUUCUUGGCCUAUGGCGGUUACUUUGACCAGCAGUAUCGCGAGCUCUUACUGUCCAAAUGGACCGAUCAUUUGGUAUCGGCCAACGUUCAGUUCAAGCAAGACAUGUCACUUACGGAAUACUUGUCGACCGCCGAUGACCGAUUGUCAUGGCACGCCAACUCGUUGCCUGCCGACGAUCUGUGUAUCGAGAACGCCAUUAUGCUCAAGCGCUUUGAUCGUUACCCAUUGAUCAUCGAUCCUUCCGGUCAGGCAACCAACUUUUUGAUCAACGAAUACAAGGACCGCAAGAUCACCGUGACCAGUUUCCUGGACGACUCGUUCAUUAAGAACCUCGAAAGUGCCCUUCGUUUCGGUAACCCAAUUUUGAUCCAAGACGUGGAGCAUCUUGACCCUAUCUUGAACCCUGUCCUCAACAAAGAGUUGCGUCGCACCGGUGGUCGUGUAUUGAUCCGUUUGGGCAGUCAAGACAUUGAUUUCUCGCCAUCCUUCACUCUGUUCUUGUCGACGCGUGAUCCUUCCGUCAACUUCCCGCCGGACAUUUGCUCGCGUGUUACUUUUGUCAACUUUACAGUGACCCGGGGCAGUUUGCAGAGCCAGUGUUUGAACAAGGUUCUCAAGGCCGAACGACCCGAUGUUGACCAAAGACGUACCGAUUUGAUCAAGCUGCAAGGCGAAUUCCAGUUGAAGCUACGUCAUCUUGAAAAGUCGUUGCUUCAGGCUUUGAACGAGUCCAAGGGUAAUAUUUUGGACGAUGACAAGGUUAUUGAAACCCUGGAGACGCUGAAGAAGGAAGCUGCCGAGGUUACUCGAAAGGUCGAUGAAACCAACACGGUCAUGCAAGAAGUCGAACAGACAACGGCCGUUUACACUCCUUUGGCCCAUGCCUGCAGUUCCAUCUUUUUUGUCAUGGAACAGCUCAACUUGAUCCACCACUUUUACCAAUUCUCGCUCGACUUCUUUUAUGAAAUCUUUGAGUACGUUUUGCACGCCAACCCGAACCUCAAGUCGGUAUCUGAUCCUGGCGAACGUUUGGCCAUCUUGUCGCGUGACUUGUUCUCCGUCACCUACAAGCGCGCGUCGCGUACAUUGCUGCAUGAAGACCAUAUUACCCUCGCUGUGCUCAUGUGUCAGAUCCAAAUCCGUGGCACUCAGGACGGUGUCGAUGAAGCAGAAUACGAUUUCUUGUUAAGUGGUGGUGAUGUGGUACCUGGUUCGACAGUCAGUGCUUCUAGCUUGGGCUUGCCUGAAUUUAUUCCGGACGAAACUGCUCAGCGUGCCAAGGAGUUCAUGUCCUUGCCCUGCUUCCAAAACUUAGGCGAUCAUAUCAAGCAGAACACUGAAGAAUGGCAAAAGUUCAUGGACCAUGCCCAAUCCGAAACAGUGGUUCCUGCAUGCUGGGACAACUUCGGUCAAAGCAAUGUUGUGGAUGCGCUUAGACGCAUGUUGCUUGUCAAGUGCUUCCGAUCAGAUCGAUUGCUCCCUGCUGCUACCAUGUUUGCUGGUGAAAUCUUUGGCAAUGACUUUAUCAAUUCAGGCGAACUCAACUUGCAACAUAUUGUCGGCAACGAAGUCACUGGCUCCACACCUCUUGCACUUUGCUCUGUUCCUGGUUACGAUGCCAGUUACCGUGUUGAUAACCUUGUAUCCGAAAGCAACACGCGCUGCACAUCAGUCGCCAUGGGCUCAGCCGAAGGUUUUACUUUGGCCGAUCAAGCGAUCUCGACCGCCAUCAAGACGGGUAACUGGGUCAUGCUCAAGAACGUGCACUUGGCACCAUCCUGGCUUGGUCAGCUCGAAAAGAAACUGCACAGCAUGAAGCCGCAUCCGCAGUUCCGUCUCUUCUUGACAAUGGAAACCAAUCCCAAGGUGCCUGUUAACUUGCUGCGUAUGUCUCGCGUAUUGAUGUUUGAACCCCCACCAGGUAUCAAGGCCAACUUGCAAGAAUCGCUUCGCAGCAUUCCUCCUUCACGUUUAUCGCGAGGUCCUACCGAACGUGUGCGUCUCUACUUUAUGCUUGCUUGGUUACACGCUGUCGUGCAAGAACGUUUGCGCUAUGUGCCUCUGGGCUGGACCAAGACAUACGAGUUCAACGACUCGGAUCAAGACUCUGCAUUCAACACGAUCGACAAGUGGCUAGACUCUGCUGCUGGUGGUCGUGCCAAUAUUUCACCCGAAAAGAUUCCUUGGGAUGCUAUCCGUUCGCUUUUGAAGCAAUCCAUUUAUGGUGGCCGUAUCGACAAUGAGUAUGAUCAACGUCUGUUGGAUUCGUUCGUCAACACCUUGUUCACGCAACACUGCUACGAUUUGGACUUUGAAAUCGUCAAGGCGACGGGUGACAACGAACAGUCGGUUGUGGUUCCUGAUGGAACCAAGAUGGAGCAAUUCUUGGAGUGGGUAAACAAGCUGCCUGAACGUGAGCCACCUACAUGGCUCGGCUUGCCCGGCAAUGCUGAACGUGUCCUGUUGACGCUUAAGGGUAACACCAUGCUAUCCAAGGUGCGCAAGAUGAAGAGCACCAGUGACGACGACGAGGUGGCCUACGCCCAGGAUACUGCCAAGCAAGCGUCAUCGACAACAGCGCAACAACCUGCAUGGAUGCGAGCCCUCAGUGCCUCGAUCCAGGGCUACUUGGAGCUCUUGCCCAGCAACAUCACCAUGGUUAAGCGUGAUAGCGCAGGCAUCAUGGACCCAUUGUUCCGCUUCUUUGAGCGCGAAAACCAGAUGGCACGCGGCCUGCUCAGAACCAUCCGCGACGACUUGUCCGCGCUUCAAAAGGUGUGCAAUGGCGAGCUCAAGCAGACCAACCACUUGAGACAGCUGAUGAGCUGGCUGACCAAGGGACUGAUCCCUGACCACUGGCGACGCUACAAGGUGCCCAAGAACAUUGGCCUGAACAUCUGGAUGGUUGAUCUCAAGUCGCGUCUGGAGCAAGUGGAGGCAAUCGCGCACGAGACCUCGUAUGGCGAAAUUGAAGUAUGGGCAGGCGGUCUGUUCAGCCCUGAAGCUUACAUCACUGCGACACGUCAGGCGACGGCGCAACGCAACAAGUGGUCAUUGGAAGAGCUUGUCCUGGAAGUCGAUAUUGGUGCUGAAAAGAGUGACGAACAGCAGCAAGGCUAUUGUGUGCGUGGCCUCAGAACGGAGGGCGGUCGAUGGGAUGGCACAGAAGUACGGCUGACGUCUGAACCUACGACCAAGCUGCCAAAGACUGGUCUGCGAUGGAUCCGUAAGGACGCCCAAACUAGCGAAUCAGAGAAGGUUGCACUGCCCGUGUACCUCAAUGCAGAUAGAUCUGAUCUACUGUUCACGAUCAACGUGCCUGCUCAUGCAGAUGAGAAGGACCGAAUUCCGCAAAGAGCAGUGGCCAUCGUCAUGUCUUUUUAAACGACUGGCUUACACAUAGUUUAGGCUAGUCUAGUCUAGCUUGGACUAUAUAUUUCGCUCUUACCUGUUGUAUCAUCAUCGAGAAUAAAAACCCUAUUUCUCUUAUAAAAGUUGAUCGAAACAAAC